AUGCAAUCUUCAACAACACAUCUCGAAAUUCUUCACAGCCCCCUCGGCGAACGUCGAGGAAAAUCAGAUCUGGCGCGGUUUUCUCUGGAUUCGAGUUGGGCCAGAGCGGUGUCCGACAGUGCUCGCUCAGAGGCAUACCCCUCUCCGCCCAUGUCAGGAUCUCCGCCACUACCACCUAGACAUAACCCGGAUUCCGGUAAUCGAGGUCAUGGUAGCUAUGGAUCAAGUGGGCAGGAAGUGUAUCAAGGAAUUCAGACUCCACCAUUAAGGGCAUAUCAAGAAAGCCAUCCUCAUCAAGCAUAUCCACCCCAAGCUCGAAUGGAUGAGAGUCCUUCAAUAUCGCUUCCAUAUCAACAGAGACCAGCACCGCAAUUUGCACCGCAAAUGUACCAUCAGCCACCUCAUCCAUACCCACCUCAUCCAUACCCACCUCAUCAUCCGCAACCUCCAGCGCCAUUUUCAGCACCGGAGAGACCACCAACCGGAGAUGCCCCCGACUUUGUCUCUCCCAAGGCACAAAGGAAGACUAAAGGCCAUGUUGCAUCGGCGUGUGUGCCAUGCAAAAGGGCGCAUCUUAGGCAAGUCUCUAAUGAAUGUUUUACAUGGUGGAGUCGAAGCUAACCAACUGCAGGUGUGACGGUACGUCUGUUUCAACUUUUGUCGAAAUUCUAUAUUCUUUUUCUUCCCAAGCAUAUCCUUAUUUGACACAGUCGAUUUUUUGCUUCUUGAGAAUCUGACUUGGCGUUCGGAAUCGGAGCUUUGAGCCACGAUUUGAUUGGAGUAUCACGGCAGCCCGUGGUUCAGCCACCAUCGUAGUUGAAUGACGAUUGUUCCUCUACCCCGCUCAAGCGAGUCUCAGAAGUCAUGAUCUGUUUUCACGGGCAUUGUUGACGUUAAAUUACUCUUGUUUCCGGUUCCUUCAACGUGGCGGCUGAAAAAGUCACUGUGGGGAAGGGUACCCGAAGCUUGAGUAGCUCAUGGGUUUAAGCCGAUUCGUCAAUACGACAACAGGCGAGAUGUGUGGCGAUAUUUCAAGGAAGUAGCUGUUGCACUUUCAUCCGUUUUCUAUUUUUGCUUGCUCAAACCAACUUAAAUCCUCGGCCGAGGCCUGUGUUUGUUCGGCUUGACCUGUCAUGAUGCACUCGAGUCUCCGGUUUGGGUCCGUUGGCUUCAAGGAACAAGAGAACCUCCGAACGUCACUUGCGGCAAGUAAACUUUCGCAGACCGUCCAAAAGAUUGUCUGAUGGUUGAAACCUUGGCGCGCAAGAUCCGGCUGCAUAAGUAUCCGUUAUUAAAAAUAGUCCUUUCGACUCGGCUUCGCGUUUCAGCCGGGUCCAAGUAUCUAUUUUCUAUGGCGGGGUAGCUUGUUGGGUUCUCUGGAUCGAUUUGAUCGUUUGGUUUAUACCCAUAAUGGAACGUUAUGAUGUUGCUUGAUUUGAGGGGAAGAGGAAACUCACUGACAUGUGGAUAUAGCUCAGCGACCGUGCUCUCGAUGCACAACAAACGGCAAGGAGGACGCUUGUGUUGACGUACAACACAAGAAGAGGGGUCGGCCUCGAUUGAGAGAUGAGAGAGAGCAGCGGCUCGGAUAUGAGUCGAUGUCUGGGUCCGGGUCAGGAUAUCCUCACCCGUCUGAGGGUGGAAUGACACGUCCUUUGUCGAUGUAUAGUUCAGGAAGUGCGUCCAUGAACGCGGACUUUGGUGAGUCGCUUCAUAGAACUGGCUCGUAUAGAGUUCUGAAAUCGCAAGGUGGCCCAAUUGCACCACGAUACCUGGAUCAUGCUUCAGCCGCGGAUGCCAAUAUAUAUGGUGCGCCAAUGAUGCCAGCGCCAGCGCAUCGGAUGUUACCGCAGGAACCACCUUGCGCCUAUCUCACGAUGAAGAUGCAAGUUGCAAAGGCUACAACGAGCUUCAAUGAUAUGGUCGGCCUGCCGGGAGGAGUACUGUGGAAGAAUUUCCAGGACCUGGUUCUUGUGAACGAACGUGAAAAGGUGGCGCAACUCCAACUGAUAUUUGAGGAUGAACGACGGCAGCGAGAACCACAUUACCUCCCACCAAUAUCUCUCAACAACGAUGAGGAGAGAAUUAUUAAUUCUCUUGGCUUUGGUCCUGAGGUGACUGGACAGUUGCGAUUCGAUCAUAGCGAGAUUUUUGCUCUUCCAAUUCCAGCACCGGAUGGGUCGCAAAGAUCUUUCCAAGCAAGGUUUGGCUUGGGAAAGAGAGACGCAACGUAUUUCAUAGCCAUGGUCAUUCAAAUACCAACACCAACACCAAAGACCCCGCAAUCAUUUCAACAAUCUUCGCUGUCAUCACCCUUCUCACGAGAUUCUUAUUCCCGGGGAUCCUCCUCCACUCAAUAUGAAUACCAUACGGCACAACAACCAUACGCUUCCACACAAGCACCACCUCAAUUCAUGACUAGCCCAGCAUAUGGAGAUCCUCGAGAACAGAUGACGUUCAGAGGACCGAUGCAAGGACUAGGACAAGUGCCACUUACCCCCAAUGCUCCACCAUCAACAAACACGACCCCCUUCCCUCAGCAGCAGCCACCCUCAAGGCCUGAGUACUCGCAUAACCAGAUGCCGUAUCAGACGCCUCGAAGCGAGUUGCCCCAGACACAACCAGUGCGGCAACAUGAUCUUCAACUCCCGCCUAUACGGGACCAACGUGGUGAGGCAUCUUCAGAAGUCGCGCGCCGUAGGGACGAUCGUAGUAACCGUGUCGAUAUUGGCGGCCUUUUGGAAAACCCGAGAGGUUCUAGGGGCCAGUGAGCUGGCAUUCCUACUAUGUCUCCUGUGAUGAUGAUGUGAAAUACAUCAAACUCCAGCGACAGGUGUUGAUUGAUGCCUUGUGCUACUGAAGCCCAGAUGGAUCUCUUGAGCCGGUUAGAUCCGUGGUAGGUCUAUGGGCGGUGGUACCACAAUGAGAGUAAGCAUCUCGCUGCCUCAGUCAGCUACGAUGGAUCUGUGAUGGGUGCAUCACCGAAGUUCCGAGACGAGGAUUUCAUGAGGGGAGUUUGGUUGAAGGGCGCUUGUGAUGAAGCGUUCUUCUGACCAUACCAAAUCAUUUUGCUUUCUUGUAACAUACUUCAAGUACUGGACCUUUUCCGGGAAGGGUCCUGACCUCUUUUCCUAUCUUUUCAAGAUACCACCUCUGUACUGUACAAUAUCGGUUGGCCCUUUUUUCCUUCCAUUCUCUCUACGUUUUUUUAAUCUGGUUGGCUAUUUUGGGGUUGUAAUUUGACAAUCACUCAUAGCGAUUGCGGUUCGGAUGCUUGUUGUCUUCUUUUUUUCUUCUCGUGGCGUGUUUUUUGUUAUCAUAUUUUCUUCUUCUUCUUCUUCUUCCUUCGUCCGGGACUAUGGGGAGAGAGAGUGGUUAUCGAAAGGGAUGGCGAAAUAGGCUUGAGGAUGUAUGAAUGGAUUGUACAAUACUCAUGAGAUGCAUGAUUGAGAACGAACAUAAGAUAGUGAUGUGAAGUAAAUGCAGAAUGAUAUUCUUGUUAUUUGAUA